AGUCGAACUUGUUGCGAAAACACUGUUGUAUAAUGCAUAUUCAUGUGCCAUUCUGAUUAAAUUAUUUUACACAACAGCUAAAGUUUUACAAUUUAGAGUCGAUGCACAACAUCGACGAGAGUGUGGCGGACAAUCCACAUGACAGAGCCGAACAUGAUAAGGACGUGUUCAAAAAGGUGGUAAAGGCUCUGGUUGGUGAAGAGGCUGUGGAUAUUGAAAAUGUGAUACGACUGGGGAAGAAACAAGAAGGAUCAUCGUCAAAUGGCAGGACUAAACCAAGGUUGAUGUUAAUCACAGUCAAAGACAAAGAGCAAGUCAACAUGCUUAUCAAGCAAAGAACAAAGCUGAAAGAACGAGGAUUCCCCAAUGUCUAUUUGACUCAUGAUUUGACACCAGAAGAAAGAGAAGAGCAAAAGAAGCUCAGGAACGAGUUGGAAGAGAAAGGAAGAGAGGGUCAUGUUAUCUUUCGGGGGAAGGUCAUCCCCAGGUGGAGGCCCGGUGAUGGCGGCUGUCUGCCUGGAGAGCGGAUCGGACGCCGAUGCCUGGCGGCGUUUCCUAGACGAUGCGGUCCGCUUCCUCCAGAUGUACGCCCACCUGACCGACGCGUUUAUUCUGGACUUUUUCGUGGAAGAUCUGUGGAACAGCCUUCCGGAGCAGUGGCGGCCAAUUCUGGACUCGUGGUCGGCCGAGACACUGUCAUUUUUCAUCACCUUGGACCAGCCCGGAUGUGAUGUCAAUAGGUGCUGGCCGCCGGGGGAGCCGCCGCCGCUCUCCCUGCUGGCGUUCCGCGCCUCGUGCCGGGCGCUGUCGUUACCCCGCCGGCCAGUCGCCUCGCCCGCGCCCGUGGCCAAGUUCCUUGAGCGCUGCGCACCGGCCGACAGUCCCGCCGAGCCCCCAGCCGCCGAACAGUGGCCACAGGACGCGGCGGCGGAGCUGACACCUGGCGGCGGCCAGCUGAAGCAGCUGCAGCACGUGUUUCGCCGCCACGUGAAGCCCAAGAAGCAGCACGAGCUGCGGCGACUGGCGCGGCUCGUGGAGCUGACGGAGCCGCGACUCGUGGUCGACCUCGGCUCCGGCCGCGGCCACCUGUCGCGCUACCUGGCCUACGGCAGCCGCCUGCCCGUCGUCUGCCUCGAGUGUAACGACGAGUUUGUCGCAGGAGCCAGGAAGCUGGACGAAGAGCUGGAGAGAGUGGUAUCCAAACGGGAGGAGUACGUGCUACCGGCGCGGCCCCGCCACUCUACCUGUCGUAUCACGGAACAUAUGGACCAGCAGGCGUUCUCACAGACGCUCUGCUCCCUGACGGGCACCUCCACGGAUUCACUGCAGUUCACCCCGGUGGGCCUGCACACGUGCGGUGACCUGGCCGCCCUCCAGCUGCGGCAGUUUGUCCGGUCACCGCAGUGCGGCGCUGUCGUCUCGGUCGGCUGCUGCUACAUGAAACUGUCGACGCCGCCGGCGGACGGAGGGGCGAGCUCGACGUGGGUGGGGUACCCGCUCAGCAGACUGGUGGCGGAUACGGUCGACAGACACGGCUACGACAUGACCUACGAGGCGAGGGAGAUGUCGUGCCACGCCAUCGAGGAGUAUGCUGCGCGGCUGGCGGCGGGAGGCGAGCAGCACCUCAAGGUGCAUGCGUACCGGGCCGCGCUGGAGCGGGCACUGGUGCGCCACGACCCGCGGCUGAGGCAUAUCGGCCUGCGCAGUGUUAACAAGGCACACACCCUCACCUUCGCAGAGUACGUGUCCCGGGCCGUGUCCCGUCUCAGCGGCGCUACGGGGGACACCCAGGGACCGGUGUCGCCCUCUGCGCUGGACCUCAGCCACUCGGCGGCCGACCUGGCGCACUGGCGGCGAGUGGUGGUGUUCUACUCGCUGCGCCUGAUGCUGGCGCCCGUCAUCGAGACUGUGAUCCUGCUGGACCGUCAGAUGUACCUCUGGGAGCACGGACACCCUAGCAUAUUGGUAGCUGCCUUCGACCCCAAGAUGUCGCCUCGAAACUUCGUCCUCAUUGCCAAGAAGCGGUGACGACGGCGGAAGGCGUCCAAGGCUUGUUAGACAUAAACUUUGCUGCUCACCUGGCAUCAGAUGAUUGAAUAGUUCUUGGGAUGCAAAUAUAAUGUUCUUACAUAAUGAUAAAUGAAGCCCGGAACUGAAUCCGUGAUUGUAAUAUUCUUAUCGCAUCCGGCUGAUGUUUUUGUGAUCUCGUACAAACGCACAUUUGAAGCGUCUGUUUUUGGAUUCCGGGUACCUUUACAUUUGCUUUUGCAAUAAUAACUUUCAUUGAGCACGAUCUUCAAUGGCUUUGCAAGCGACAGGUUUAUACCAGACCUAAUUUAUUGUGCUUUGCCGCACGUUUUGCCGUCGUAGACCUCUAGAAUGUGGCCUCUAUGAGGCUUCGAUUCCAUAACUCUUUGCUCACUAGUAUUGAAAUGUGACUGAAGAUAUACAUAAAUAUGAUGACAAAAGG